UAACGAAACACCCUCUUACUGGGUUCAUUCUACGGAUGAUUUUCGCACCAAAAUAUCCAACCGUGGUCGUAUUAAAUGUAGUGUCUGUCCAACAGUUGACUAUAUAAAAAAUUGGGGAUUUGCUUGCUCUGAUCAUCGUGGAGACUACCGAUCAACUAGUUGCAUAUCAUUCGGAAAAGCCUUAUUUGUUGUCACCAAUAAUACAGAAAUGGACGACGAUUUCAUCGAUGACUUAACUCGAUAUUUAAGAAGAAAUAG